UUGCCUGUAUAAGCAAAUCUGUUCCGAGAAGACUUUAUCAGCCGGGCGCAGCGCUGGGAUUUUCGUUUUCCUGUUAAGAAGCUCGGGCAGACUGGUGUGCUGAGACACAGGGACUCCUCUGAGCACGGAUGUGAGAGGUCUGGGGCUGUGGUGAGCCCAGGGUUCAUGGUGGGCUCUGCUCCUCUGCUCCCAGCUCUUUGGACAAAAUGUACGAACGCCACAAGAGGCGAUACAGCCUGUGCGACAUCUCCAAGGUGGACAGGACUGUAGAUGUUGUAUUGUUGAAGAUAAACCGUGGGAGCUGGUGUCCGCUGGAGCCGUGUCCUGACCCCUCCCUGCUGGAGCGCAAGCGCACGCAGGAGUCUCCAGAAUGUGAGAACUUCUUGGAGGAUGGGCUGAGCAGCGUCUGUGGCUCGUCACGGGGUGCUCUUAAAAGAGAGUCCGGGAGUGAGUCUGACCUCUUCCCCUUGCCUGGUGAUGGGAUGGAAGACCUUGUCUUUGGGAAGCAGCCUGAAGAGGAGCAGUCUGCCUGCGAUGUCACCAGCUCCAGCUCCUCUGCAGACGACACCGUGUCCCUGGAGAGGAACUCAUCCCUGGGCAGCGACACGUCCCUCCCCUUCCCACCCGUGGGGAGCUUCGCCCAGCCCAAGGACAGGCACAGCCUGGAUGGCAGCUGCACCAACAUGGUGUGCUCAGAGGGAGGAGAGAAGGAAGAGGAGCUGGACAGCAUCACGGACGUGCCCACGCCCUCGUCCGUCCUGCGCGGCUCCAUGCGGCCGCUGUCCCCUUUCCGCCGGCACAGCUGGGGGCCCGGCAAGAAUGCCACCAACGAGGCAGAAAUCAAUCAGAGGAGUUCAAUGCGAAUUCUGGGGGAUGGUAUAAAGAAGCCUCCCAUUCAUAGGAGAAGUUUGAGCUGGUGUCCCUCAGGCGUACAGUACCUUGCCAUGGGUCCUGACUUUACUUGUAGAAGUUACAGCCUAGAAGGCCUUACUGGGGACUCUGGGGAGAACAAGAAGCCCUCUGCAAACCUGGAGGCUUCUUCCCUGAGCUCCAAAGACCUCAGGAGGAGUCCCCUUGCCAGCAAUCAGUCCCUGGUCCUGCUCACUGAGGAGCUCGAGCAAGGAGAAAUCAGAGACUACAACCACCAGGUGCAUCAGACAUCACAGCCACAAGGAUUUAACUUCUGCACUUCUGCUGCUUCAUCUCCACUGACCAAAUCCAUGUCUCUAAUGUCAAUUAGCAAACCAGUGCUCGACACCCAGGGCCGGACUCGACCAUCGAGACGAAUCUCCUUCUCCUUCAGCAUCUCUCCACUCAUUCCUAAGUCUAAAACUCUCUUUUCUAUUGGCUCUUCUUCCAGUGAUGAGGAGGAGGAGUUGGAUAGUACACAGUCGUUGGGCGGCUCCAUGGGCUCCUCUGUGCAGAGCAUAUCUGAAGAGAGCAGCAGUGUCUCUGCUGGUAAAGGUGUAACAAAAGUCAGCCGCACCUUCAGCUACCUCAGGAAUAAAAUGUCCAGCAGCAAGAAGAGCAAAGAAAAAGAGAAAGAUAAAGAGAAGACUAAAGAGAAGGACAAAGAUUCCAAGGAGAAGGAAAAAGAUAAGAAGCUGUUGAAUGGACAUCUCUUCACUGCAACCUCUGUUGUAGCCCAAGCAACCUGUUACCACUGUAUGAAGCCUUUCAAUAAGGAUUCGUACUACUGUGCAAACUGUAAUGCAAUUGUUCAUAAAGGCUGUAAGGAGAGUUUUGCUUCUUGUGCAAAGGUCAAAAUGAAGCCACAGAGAGGGAUGCUGCAGGCACAUGAUACCUCUUCAUUACCCACAGUAACCAUGAGAAACAAAAGCUCGCAGCCCAAGGAGCGCCCGCGCUCCGCGAUCCUCGCGCCCGACGAGAGCUCCGUCACCUCCAGCUUCUGCAACAGGAGGUCGCAGCAGCCCUCUGCGCUCUCCAAAAGUGUCUCCAUACAGAACAUUGCAGGAGUUGGGAACGAUGACAGCUUAAUACACACUUGGAAAUUCCUGUCGCAGUCAACAGACUCUUUACAUAAAAUCAGCCGGGUUAAUGAAUCCAUGGAGUCGCUGGUUGAUGAAGGUGCAGACAUGAAUGAAGGACAGCUCAUGGGAGACCUGGAAUUAGAUUCCAAGCAGCUGGAGGCAGAGUCCUGGAGCCAAGCAGUGGACAGCAAGUUCCUACAGCAGCAACACAAGGAUGUUGUGAAACGGCAAGAUGUGAUUUAUGAGCUAAUGCAGACAGAAAUGCACCACGUCCGCACCCUGAAGAUCAUGAACGAUGUGUACAGUGCAGCCAUGCUGAAGGAACUGCAGUUUGAGCAGCAGGCAGUGGACAAGCUCUUUCCCUGCCUGGAAAACUUGCUGCACAUCCACAGUCAGUUUUUCCAGCGGAUUCUGGAAAGGAAGAAGGAGUCACUGGCAGACAAAAGUGAAAAGAACUUUGUUAUCAGGAGGAUAGGUGACAUCCUAGUGAAUCAAUUCUCUGGGGAGAACGCUGAGCGGAUGAAGAAAACGUACGGCAAAUUCUGCGGGCACCACAACGAGGCUGUCAAUUACUUCAAAGAUCUUUACACCAAGGACAAGCGCUUUCAGGCAUUUGUCAAGAAAAAAAUGAGCAGCUCCCUGGUGAGGCGCCUUGGGAUUCCUGAAUGUAUCUUGUUGGUUACACAGAGAAUCACAAAGUACCCGGUCCUUUUGCAAAGGAUACUGCAGUACACCAAAGAAAAUGAAGUGGAACAUGAAGACUUGACUCAGUCGUUAAACCUUGUUAAAGAUGUGAUUGCUGCAGUCAACAGCAAAGUCAGCAAGUAUGAAAAGAAAAAGCGUCUUGGGGAGAUUUACAACCGGACGGACAGCAAGUCCAUCAUGAGGAUGAAGAGUGGCCAGAUGUUUGCAAGAGAGGACUUGACGCAUCGGAAACUCAUCCGAGAUGGGCCUGUUUCACUAAAGAACUCAGCUGGCCGGUUAAAAGAAGUCCAGGCUGUUCUCCUCUCUGACAUGCUCGUCUUUCUUCAGGAGAAGGACCAGAAGUAUGUCUUUGCCUCACUGGACCAGAGAUCCACUGUGAUCUCUCUGAAGAAGCUGAUUGUACGAGAAGUGGCUCAUGAAGAGAAGGGUUUGUUCCUGAUCAGCAUGGUUGGGAAGGAUCCUGAGAUGGUGGAAGUCCAUGCCAGCUCCAAGGAAGAGCGCAACGGCUGGAUACAGAUCAUUCAGGACACAAUGCACACCAUGGAUAGAGAUGAAGAUGAAGGAGUUCCUUGUGAGUCUGAGGUUGAGAAGAAAUUGUCCGAUGCGAAAGUGAGAGGACUGAAAGAACAACUUCAGCAGAAGGACAAACAGAUCCUGCUCUUGCUGGAGGAGAAGACGAAGAUCUUCCAGGACAUGGCAGACUGUUCUGUGCAGGAGGAGACACAAGGCUCCAGGCAGCUCUUCAGAGCCUGCACAGAAGAGGCUCCAAAAGGAGAGGAAAUCAUGAAAUCAGCAAUAAAUGAAGUUGAAGUGCUGCAACACCUGGUGAGCAGGAGCCUGGGCACUGCCCUUGGACAGCAGGUCAGCAGCACUGCCAUGGACCAGGAGGGAGGAGUUGGCCCCAUCUCACUCCCUAGAAGGGCAGAAACUUUUGGAGGAUUUGACAGUCAUCAGAUGAACGCCUCCAAGGCAAAGCAGAAGGGAGGAGUUUCCUCCUGCAGAGAGGUGGAAGGUCCCAGGACGUGGCGCAGGAGAGCAGGUGGAGCGAAAGAUGAAGGCGAUGAUGCUCAGGACCUCCGGAGAACAGAGUCAGACAGCAUUUUAAAGAAGGGUGGAAAUGCUAAUUUGAUGUUCAUGCUGAAAAGGGAUAACGAGCAGGUCCUCCAAACCAUCACCAGCCUCCAUAAGCUGCUCACUGCUUUGCAGGGCGUGGUGCUGCAGCAGGACACCUACAUCGAGGACCAGAAGCUGGCUCUGAGCGAGAGGGCACCGAGCCGAGGCUCCUCCCGGCCCACCUCGCUGCUGGAGCAGGAGAAGCAGCGCAGCCUGGAGAAGCAGCGCCAGGAGCUGGCCAACCUGAAGAAGCAGCAGACGCAGCACCAGGAGGAGAGGAGGAGGAGGGAGAAGGAGUGGGAAGUGCGUGAGAAGGAGCUGGCGGAGCGUGAGGCCGAGCUGGCGCAGCGCGAGGAGCAGCUGCAGAGGCAGAGGCAGGAGCUGGAGCGCGAGCGGGAGGAGCUGCAGGUGAAGAAGGCGGCCUACCAGCUCGACCUGGAGAGGCUGCGCGCUGCCCAGAAGCAGCUGGAGAGGGAGAAGGUGCAGCUGAAGCAGGACGUGGAGAGAUUUGCUCAGAUGCGGCAGGAGCCUGACCACAACCAGGUUUCAAAUCUACAUGAGAAACUUGCCAGAGUCUCCUCCCAGUCCAGCAUUGACGAGUCCUCCAUGCAGAAGAACCCUUCCCUUCCUAAACAAGGGCACUUUGAUGCAGAACUGUCUGUCUCCCCCAAAAGGAACAGUCUUUCAAGGACACACAAAGAGAAAAGCACUUUCCAUUUGCUUAGCACAACAAACCAGACUAACAAGGCAGCUGAGGAGCAGACCCAGAUGCCUACUCGCCUCUUCAGUUUAGCCAAACCAAAGGAGAAGAAGGAAAAGAAGAAGAAGGGCAGGGGACAUCGCUCCCAGCAGUCUGAUUCUCACUCGUCAGAAGCACCUGCAGAGGGUGAGGAGAUCUUCUGCUGAGCAUGGACUGUUCCAGUGGUGGCACUGGCACCGUGGACAUCCUGCCUGUGACACAGCCCGCGGCUGGUGCCUGCGCUGGACGAGCAUCUGGAGGUUUUAAACAAAGAAAACAGUUCUGAAGUCUGCUAAGUGGUGGAUAAGGGCCUCUCUCCUGUGGUUCUAGGUGAAUUCUCCCUGCAGAGGCUGUGCAUUUCCCUGUGCAAACCUGGGGUCAAAUGGAUUGGGAUAGAUGCUUUCUGUCUCUUCUUACUGCUAAAGGAUGAGAAAACAUAGCCUUAAGGGGUCUGUGCCUUCAAAUUCCCCUUUUCUGGGGAAAAGAACCAAAACCAAGCAUUUAGCAAAAGAUUAGGACUCUACAAAUGGUGCGUACACACUGGCAUAUAUAGAUAUCCUGUAUAUGUACAUCUAUGAAUCCACUGGGAUAUGCUUACAGUCCCUACAGCCAAGGUCCACCCGUGGGCAUGGAUGAUACCUGAGGACUUUCAGGGAUGUGUAGAUAUUAAAUAUCUUGCCCUUACUGCUCCUGCUGUAACACAGUGACCUGCACACCCCUUUUGUGCUGAUGGGACAGGGGAUGUUUGGUUUCAGAAGGGUGCAUUACACCAGGAAGCAGUAACAGCAUUCAGAAGCAACAACUCAGAGGAUAAAAAUUAAAAUUUAAAAUCAUUCUGAAUGAUUUCUGUGGGGCAGAGGAAUCAAAUGUCAAACUGUUUCUAGAGUCAAGCAGAACAUUAUUGGGUAGAUUUAAAAUGCCUCAGAAAAGAGCAUUUUGGUAGGCUGGUAAGGCAGUCCCAGGAGCCAGAACAGGCUGUUCAAAUGGAAACAACAGUAAGCAACAUUUUUUUUUACACAAUCUGUUUGAGCUCCAGCUCACUCCCUCCCAUCCCCAAAGUAAAAAUUAUGUUUUUGCCAGAAUAGAGCUCUCCAGUUGCAUUUGACAUCCCCAUACAAGGCUAAUGACUGAGGGGGGGUGGCUAAAAAUCUGCUUUUAUGCAUCUUUGUUCAGUUCUUUGUGUUUUUCUUAGCCUGCUUUUUGUGCUGCUGUUGGGCUUCUGUGUGUCUGGAUUUUCCCACUUGCCCUGCUGGUUUCUGAGGCAGAGUGAGAGCAGCAGUGUCUGAGCAGGUCAGUGAGACAGGGCAGGCUCCUGGGAGGUGGCUCCUGUCCCUGUGGCUGUGCAAUACCGGGCACUUGGGAACCAUUUCUGGGGAGAAAAAGGCUCUGAUGGACAAACCCCCUGUGGGACAGGUCCGGAGGCCAGCGUGAUGUGUCCCCAUGAACUCUGGGGUGGUGUCUGUGCAGAACAGGAAGGUCCAAGGGCAGCUCUUGCUGUGCCAGCUGUGGGGUGUCUGCAGAGUUGAGGAAUAUAGGCAUGUGUUCCGUGGGGGAGGAGAAAUGCAACAAGAUAUUCUUUUCUCAAAAAUCACCUUUCUUCCAAACCCUGUCAGGCGAAUUACCCAAGUGGAUUUGUAAAUGGUUACCAGCUUCAAAAUAGGUCAAGGUUUUGCUCAAGAGUUUGAAGCUGUCAUGUACAUUUCCUAUCCUACUAGUUUGUUAUUUUUUUUCUUUGAAAUGACAAAUAAUUUCUCUUCUUGUACUAUUGUUUGAUUUCAGUUUGCUCUCAGGCUUGUCAUGAGCUGGUGACCCACAGCAAUUUUCAGAGUUAGUGCUGAUGAGUAUCAGCAGCAUUGAUGGUGAGGUGGAUGCUUGGGCUGGGCUGUCUUGGUGCAGGAACCCUGCUUGUUUGGAAGCUCUCUACACUAUUAAAACUCAAAAGAAAAAGAGAAAAAAAUAGAAAGGAAAAAGGGUUGAGAUUUAUUUUUAUUUUGGUUUUUUUUAACUCUUAUUUGGUGCUUGUUCUUAAUUGCAAGCAGGGCUUGCAAAAAUAUUUAUCUUUCAUUUUAUCUGAAAGAGUUUUUUUAAAAAGUUUACUUGGUUUUAUUUUUUUAUUUCUUUUUGCUUUUGUUUGGGGAAUAGUUUGAGGGGUUUUUUCUCUUUCCCCCCCUUUAUUUUUUUUGUUUGUUUAUCUGUUCUGUUUUCUUACCAAAAGAUUGGUAAACCAAACAUUCUCAUCUCCCUGUUUCCUACAAACCAUGGGGCUGGGCAGUGCUGCAUUGCAGCUCAUUCCAUGCCCAAAAUCACACAAUUUUUAGCUGAGAGCUUUCUUCAAGGCAGAGCAUCUUCAGGCCAAAAAAAGUCUGGAAGAAGACAACAAUGACUUCAGACGAGGCUACUCCUGUCAGUCAGUUUCCAUGUUGAAACGUUUUGGUUAGGUUUUCUCAUUCCCUUUGGAGGCAAAGGAAAAAGCAAAGCAUAGAGUGCUUUGCAGUGUAAUUGCUCUCCAGGACCUGAGGGGUGCUGAAGGAGGCACGUGCUGGUGGUGUGGAGUUACCUUUUUCAUAAGAAAACCACCAACUUCACAAAGUAACUUCUGCCCUGCUGUUCAUACAUCUGCAAACACGAAUGGGCUGAGAUGAAAUAUCUGGAAACCAAAGCUCAUAUGCUGUUGUGUGAGCAGAGAUCAGGGCACUGGUACCUCUGAGUUCCCUCAGUCUGGAACAGCCUUUGCCACUAUGAACUUCUCAGUUUAUCCCUCUGUCUUUUCCCCAGUCCCAGCGCAUGCUGUAUUCACAGCAUAGCAGUGUCCCAUGGCUCUGAGAAGGGCACCAAAAAGCAGAUGAGUGACCCAGGGCAGCAGGGUUGACUCUGCCUGGCUUCACCAUCUUUCCUGACCUGUGCAAAUCAAAAAGAGCAUUCAGUGCCUGAAGUGCCAAUACUAUUGGCUAAGUGAUCUCCCAAGGUCCCUGUGGUUCCUUGACAGAAACCACAGGUGUGAGUCAGAAACACACUGACCAGAAAUCCUGUGUACAAAGCUGUUUGUGUCUUAAAUUCUGGUGGACAGACCUUUGUCCCUGGAGGAUGGCUGUUACUCUAUGAUUCACUUUUUUGGAAUGAAGCCUCUCCUCCCACACUGCUUCCUCCUUCUUUCACCUUUAGGAAGGUAAGGGCUUGUUUUUAUCUCUUUAGCCUUUUAUUUUUCCCAUCUCAGUUUUUCUUUGGAAAGCCUUGGCAUAGAUUCCCAGAGUCAGAUUGCUGCUCUGAUCCCUGAAGGUUGUCUAGCAUUGUCUGCUAGAGUAUUGUCCCAGCUUGACAGCACCUAAACCUUUCCUCUUCCUGGCCUUAAAAUUGCAUUUGCUCCAGUUCCAUGCCUGGCAUCCAUCCUGCAGUUGUUGAAAGCUUGUUAUUUCUACAGCCCAACCUGCUGCCAGUCCCUAGAUCCCAUUUGGAGCACCCAAACCAUCUUGUUUUGCAUGAGGUUCCUGGAACUCAGAGUAGGUUCAAAAACAUAUGUUUGAAGCCUGUGUUGUUGGAGGAGAAGAGGAUCCUGUGAGGGCUCUUGGAGCUGUUUGUGCUGAUGUUUUUUGGAGGGCAGAAAUCAGAUUUGGUUUUCUUGGGCUUUUCUCGGCCUGGUCUUUGCCACUGCCCAACAGGAGGGGUUUCAGUGUCCAGGGAAAGUGAGAGUGUGGGCUCAGACAGGUUCAGGAGUGGCCAGCAUUAGCUGGGGGUGCCAGAACACCCAGCAGCAGAGAGUAGCUGUAGCAAAGGGUGGGAGACUCCAUGGGGCUGGGUGAGCUUGCCCUUAGAUUCCUUUAAAUGAUCAUCUCAACACAUAACUUGAUGUCAGUUUGAUGCCAUAAAGCACUUUAAUGGAACUGGUCUUGCCCCCUUUAAUUAUGGUUAUUUGAAGACAAUCAGUUUUGCCAUUGCUUCCCCCUCUGUAUCCCCAGCAAAAUCAGAGCUUCAAGUAGGCGUGUUCCUGGUUUGGUUUGGCUUUUCCCCCAGAGGGGAGGAAGGGCUAAGCUUUUUGUAUUAUUUUUAGACCAAAGUGGGUGUGAACUGUCUAAUCUACAGUCCCACUGCAGAUAGGUUAAGUGGCAGGACAAGAGAACUGGCUUCUGUUGGCUCAGGUACAUCCCCCAGGAGAGCUUCACCAUCACCUUCCUCAGGGCAGGUAGGGAAGCAGCCCCCACAGUGGUUUUCCCUCCAUCUCCUUUUCCUUGGAGAAACUCAGAGUGAAGGAGAUGUGAGGGGAUGCAUCCAAAUAAGUGAGGCCCUUUCCAUGCACCAAGGUGUUUACUGUCCACUGUUCACCUCCCUGGGACAGGAGCUGCCAUCCCCACUGAGGGUGGACUCUUCCUUCCCUCUGGAGGUGUGGCAGCACAGUGAUGCCAUCAGCUUGUGUGGGUUUGCAUCCAGAGAGUCCAAUCACCUUUGCACCUUCCCUUGAGUCACUAGGAGACAUCACAGCUGUUGCUGAAACACCCAAUUCCAGUCCUUCCACAUGCCACCUAGUCAGAAGAUGUUCUUCAGGUGCCAAAUCCCAAGGAAGCUGUCUAGGAUAUCUAUGGCAUGGAGCAAGGGAGGACUGGGCAGGGGACACAGGAGAGUAUCUGCUAAAAUCCCACAAAACAUUCCUUGUUAACCAGAACUCUGGAAAUUAUUGUGCCUGCUGGCCAGGUUUGGGAAUUUAUCAUGAUUUAGGGCACCCCUUUAAAUAAAAAAACCUCCCCUGCUGCUCAUAACUCUUGCCUCAUUUGUCAGAAGGGGCAGCAAUCCACAAUUCUUCAUUGGUGAUACAGCUAAUUUUUAAAUAUAGGCGAGCUGAACUGGCCAAAUCUCCUACACCUUGUGCUCUUCAGUCAUGCGAAGUGUAACACCACCUCCCUUCACACCUGCAUUUCCAGGACUCUGUGCCCUUUCCUUCCACAUGCAUUUCACUGACACUGAUGCUUUGCCCAAAUAUAGUUCAGCUUCCAUUGCUAGGGGGGAGGGGGGAACAGGAUAACACUCACUGCUUUGCAUACAGCUAUGAGCUUUGUAUGUAUUUAAGCUGUCUAUAGGUAUCCAUCCUUUCCAUGCUGUAAAGUAAUGCUACUAUUUUCUUUAUCAAUAUUAAACACUGCCUCAAGAAAAAAAUGAAAUAAAAAUCUCUGUCCAGUUCAGUUCGCCUAUGGUUAAAGUUUAGCCUGGUGUUUAUUUUGUACUAAUAUGGAAUGCACUUGAGUAAUUCCCAGAACAUUGAGGUGUAUUGUAAUAACCUGAUAUACCUCUGUUUUUGGUUUGUUUCUUAUUAAAAAAAAAGGAAAAAAAAAAGCUUUGCGUUUUCAUGUUGAACCUGUAAAGAAAAAAAUUUGGGAAAAAAGGAUUUUUAAACAAGAGGGUGAAACCUAAUUGCUGUAUGUUAAUUUGUAAUUAUGUAAAAAGUGAGCAGAUUGUUGACUGUAAAAUUCUUCAGUUUUUCUGUAACUUGCCAGAACCAACAAAGUUUUGUAACAAGCUUUUAUUUAUCUUCCUUUUUAGUUAUCAGUAUCAACCUCUUGUAAAGUCAUUCUUCCUCUAAAUAAAUUUGAUUUUAAGUCUUGA